GUUGCAGUCCAAAGAGCACGCCUAUUUUUUACUUUAAACAGCGGCGCCGGUUGGUUGCUAGAAUGUUUAUGUUUAAGCUGAGAACCGGUAAUCUAGCUAGCAUGUAAAUACAACUUGGUAACGUUUUCACCGGCUAUAUUAACGUUUCAAUUACAUAGCUAUAGCAAAUUCGUCCACUUUAAAUAAGAAGACAUAACGCCCGGAUCAGGAUGAACAUGUCAGCUGAGGGAAGGACCCUCCUCUCAACUAUGUUACCAGGGAAGAAACCUAUGCCCUCGAAGGCUGCUAAAAAUAACUCUCUAACCGUGGCAUCGAAGAUAAAGACCAAGAUUCUCAACACAUCCUCGUUCUUCAAGGUCUCCCUGAAGACUAACAACAAGGCUCUGGCUCUGGCCUUGGUGGCUCAGAGGGAGAGAAGCAGACAGCUUGAAGUGGAAACUGUGCACCUACGGAAACAAGUGGAGUCUCUGAAUUUUGACCUGGCUAUUCGCAGAUUCAAGCACAACCAACUGAUUAUAAUCUUGAAAGACCUUCAACGCAACACUUUGGAUAACUUGGAAAGGGCUUUGGACCUCUUCUCUGAUGAAAAUGAUUCCCCUGAAAUAUCUGAAGGCCGCAGUAAGCCACCCCCUGAUAAAAAAGAGGAAAAUGGUCAGAUGGAGAGGGUAGCGGUUCAGAUACCUCUUAUCAUAGCAGAGCAGUCCAGGGAUUUGGUGUCCCCUUCAAAACAGACCAGCAUGAGCCAAGAGGUUGUAGUAAAUGACAGAGGAAACACGUCCACAAAUCCUUUUGGGACCCAAAGUAGGUCAUCAGAGUCCAAUGCCAGUAAAGAGAGCAUUAAUAAGAUGGAGCAACAAGUGGACAAUACUUUGAAAUCGACCCAAAAGAGAACAUCCCGACAAUCCAGUAGCCUAAAAGAUGAGGUGGAAAAGUGGUCAAAGAUUUAUUCUGACACUGGACUUGACCCUAUCCCAGCAGUCUUGCCUUCUGUUGUCUCCACAACUAAUAUUCUACAGCCCUCUAUUACUGAUAAAGUUGUGCACCAUCCAAACAGCUUAAAGAUGGAGACUACAUUGGCGCUUGCAAUAAAGACCACUGUCGGGGAAGCAGAGAAGACCACCAUCAAUGAUACAGAGAUGGAGAUAACUAUUGGGGACAGCGCUGCUGAAAUCGUUACAGUGGAGACCAAGCCCAAGAAAGCUGGUGGACCGAAGAAACUGAAGGUGCCAAAGACAAAAAUCCCUUGUCUAUUAGUGAAGGUUGGAAAUAAGAACUGUGGGCCAACACAUGUUGUUGAGAAUCUAGAGGGGAAGAGCUCUGCUGUAAAUGUGGAGCUGCCGACAGUGAUACAAAAGGUGUUUUCCCCAACACCACUACAUACAGACAACCCUACAGCGGAGAGUGUGGAUGUAGAACACCGAGAAGAGGACUUCAUAGAGAACUCAGCCAGUGAGAUAGAAUCCCUUGUUGCCCGCAGAAAGACUUAUGUCACCUCUCGCAUCACCAAACACAAAAAACCUACCCGAGAAUCCCAUAAAACAACACAAGAUUUUCCAAAAACGUUUGACCCAAGAAAAACUUUUGAAGUGCCUCUCCAAUCCAAAUCCCAUCGAAGUGUCUCACCUGACCCCUUUGAAGAUGACUUUUUCGAUGACCCUGAAGCUCAGAAGUCUGUAUUUAAACUAGCCGGGGCAAACCCAUUGGUCAUAGAUGCCACGGAGAACAAAGUCACUAAAACUAAAGGUCACAAGACUUUUGUGAUUUCUAAUGAGCCUACAUCUAGAAAGGGCCAGAAGAAAUCCAAAGAACGCAGGAAGACUAAAGCACAGCCUGUCAUGGUGGACCAUGAAUUACACAUUGAAACAGAAAAGGAUCCAUUCCUUCUGCCUCAAUCUCUCAUUGAAGAGGAGUCUCAUUCUCCUGAAGGGUGCCCAGCCUAUGUAGACAUGGAUACCACCCUGCACGAAUACAGGGAAUCACACAGUGCUUCCAGACCUGGGUCCACUACACGGAGCAGUAAGAGACCCACCAGAGUGAAAGGCAGAGGGCGGUUUGUGGUCUCGGUGAACAGGGACAGCUCCUCGGUGAACAGUACAAUAUUAGAUGAUGCUUGGGCUGAAAAGCUGGCGUGCACUCCGACUACGGGGUAUGACUCUGUUGCAGAAGAAGGGAAAGAAACGGUCAGGGAAGAAAUCAUAGAGGAGCAUCUGACUGGACCUCACCCAGAUCACUGUCUAGCUGCUGGGCGCAAGACUACAGACUCUGGGGCUGAAGAAACUCCUGCCUCCUCUAAACGUCCAUGGCUUGCUACCCAGGAACCUGCAAGGAAUUCAGAGGGCCAAGAAAGCUUAUGUGUUGAGGAAGAAAUGCCCCCAUGGGAGAUCGGUGACUCCAUUUCAGUUGCUGCAGAGCAAAAGCCCAAGAAAGCCAGGAGAGUGGAGACGGCAAAAUCAAGGAUGAAGACUGAUUCACAGAAGGGUUACUGUCUUGCCCCUGUGAAAGAAAGGAAAAAAAAGACUAAAAGUAGCAUCACUAAAGGAUUGGUGCCUGGGGGUGCAGGUAAUAUUUUGUCUAGUAAGACUCUGGAUAGCCAGAGUAGUAUAGGUGUACGCACUGCAGCACAAAAUGCAGAAGUACAGCCUGUGGCGGAUCCCAAAGUUUUGCACGUCUUCACACACUCUGCCACCACUGAGGAGAGCUGUGAAACUCAUGAACGUUUCUCUUCACUUGAGGUCCUGAGUCCAGACUUCAAAGUCAGCAGCUUCAAGCCCCGGUCCAACCAUGGCCCUAAACCGAGAUGUAGAGACACUUUUGUCAUAACCAAUAGUUUUAGCGAUUCCACCAGAAACAGGAAGAACCACAUUGUUCCUGACUCCUUGUCCCAGGAUGAUGGUGACACAAACAGCAGGACAUCUAAUGUGUCAUUAUCAACUGUUGAGACCAACACAGAAUUGCCUGACAGUGGUGAGGGAGUACGUCAGAGCCUGAGGGAGCUGCUCAUGGACGAUAGGCCUCCGUGGGAGUCCUCUGUGGAUGUCAGCUGUUCAAAUGAGACUGGAUUUGACACUCCAGCCUCAAGCCCUAAAAGGGUUGCUUCUUCUGCUCACAAGGUUGCUGUAUAUAAAGAGUCGGCUGAGGUUAUGGCUGAAAGAUCUCCAGGUACGAAGGAUUUUAUUGUUGACUGUAUUUUUAUUUGUGUGAGAUGUAGGUAUUCUAAUGGUUGUUUUUAUGUUUUACCAACAGUAGCAGAAAGAGCCCUGAAGCCACUAACCAACACCAACUGGACGGACGAUGAGGACACAGGACGGGCCAGGCGACGGGGAGCUGCCAUUAGCUACAAGUUGCCACCCAUUAACUGCAAAAUGAGACGUGGAGAUAAGUUCUCAGACACCAAGUACCUGAGUUCUCCCAUUUUUAAAGCGAAGAAGAAGAAGAAAAGACUACAACAGAAGGACCCAUAUAAACCUGGCAGUUUGGAGAACAUGCAUUCAGUUAAUUGACUUUAUUCUGUGACAUCUAAUUUAAUUCUUACACAUAUUGCCAAUGCUUUUAUUGUGUUUCCCUUUUGUUUUAAUAUAAGUUUACAAAUAAAAUGUCAAUACAUUUUAGGUUGAAAAUCUUUUUGUUAAUAUAGCACCCACUUUAUUAGUCAUGAAGGAAUAAAUAAUUGAAUACGCCUGUAAGAAAUACCACAUUUUUUUUGUGACAGUAACAGAUAUGUGAUACAGCCAUACAUUAUCUGGAUGGUCCAGUCAGUCACCUAAGGGUAAGUCGAACACCCAUACGCAAUAGCUAGUUGCCUCUAAUGGUAUAUUUAAAGUUGUUGCAAUAUGAUUCGAUGGAGCAUGUUACAAAACAACUUUAAUUAUGCCCUUUGGGGCAGCUAGCUAUUGCUUAAGGUUGUUCAACUCAUCCUUAGGUGACUGACUGCACCAUCUAGCUAAUCUAUGGCUGGAUCACAUCAUGGUUAAGUGCCGACCAACGCACCUCCUUAUGUUUCUAAAAUAAUCUGGACCUGUAUUGUGUGAGUGAUUGACUGGAGGCCCUGUGUGAAUUAUUCAGAGUAGGCUGUUCACUUAGGAGGCUGUGGUUGUCUUUCUGCUCCCCUCGGUCUCUACUGUACACAGCCUUUCCACAAGCAGGUGUCCCCUGAAGCGGCUACCGUUUGCAGUGUGUCUUUUGGUUGGUUUAUUUACAUGAAACACAUUUGUGAUUUUGUGCUACUCUGACAUUUAGAGUAGUACUGCAGUUUUUGGGUGUAACCAUUGCUGAUAAUUCUGCACCGUGUGGUAAGUACAGAUUGCUAUACAACAUGAAUGUGUGUCUCUGUAUUAAAAAUAUGACCACCUGUAAUGUUAUAUGGAUUUAGAUUGCCAAUUUGAUCAUGUAACUCAGAUUUGAAUAAGCACCCAUUUUACCAGGCACAUGCUACAUAAAAUGUUAUGUAAAUCAACAGUGACCUAUUUAGGUCAACAUCUCAUUUUGGAGACUAGUUGUGGGAAAAGGUUGUGAGGCCAAAUCUUUGUCAGACACAGUCUAGACCUACUUCUAAUCACCUUGCUUUUGCCUUGCUUAAGCACUUCAGGCUGCACAAUAAUCGUCAGUGAUUAAAGGUUUAGUAAAAACCUA